AUGGUUACAAGAGAACCACCGAUAGCAAAAACUAUACAUUACUGGAAGAAUAUAUGGGAGAAACAGAAGAUUCAUAAUAUUAGUGCAAAAUGGCUACAAGAUCUGAGAAUAAGUCACAAUCUCCCAGAUAAUCAGCGACCAGCUGUUGACAUCGAGCGACUCAAAAAUAUAAAAAGUUGGGUAUCACCUUGUCCGAACAUGAAACAUGACCUACUGGCUAAAAAAGCUAAUAGCAUUCAUGAACCUUUAGCGACAUAG